AUGAUCGAUCUUGCCUACUUCCAGACGGACAAGGGCGGCAACCCCGAGAUCGUGCGCGAGUCGCAGCGCAAGCGUGGAGCCAAGGUUGAGCUCGUCGACGAGGUUCUUGAGCUCUACAACCAGGCUAGGGCUGCCCAGUAUGAGGUUGAGACCGAGCGCCGCGCGGUCAACGCCGUCCAGAAGGAGAUCGGUGCCAUCAAGAAGGCCAAGGGCGAUGCCUCGGAGCUCCUGGCCAAGAAGGCCGAGCACGACAAGAAGAUUGCUGAGCUCCAGGCUAAGGCCAACGAGCUCAACAACGCCCGUGACCGCACCGCUGCCAGGAUAGGAAACAUUGUCGACCCUGCCUGCCACGUCUCUCUGACUGAGGACGACAACCCCGUCAAGGCUUUCUGGCACCCCGAGCCCAACCACAAGGGCAACUCUGCUCCUCUCACUGUUGAGGACAAGCAGACUGACAUCCUUCCCCACCACGAGGUUAUGUACCGCCUCGAGGCCUUCGACGGCGAGCGCGGCUCCAAGAUCAACGGUCACCGUGGCUACUUCCUGACCAACGACGGUGUCGACCUUAACCAGGCUCUCAUCAACUACGGUCUCGACUUCCUCCGCAAGAAGCAGUACAAGAAGAUCCAGGCUCCCUUCAUGAUGCGCAAGGAGAUCAUGGCCAAGACUGCCCAGCUUGAGGAGUUCGACGAGGCUCUCUACAAGGUUACUGGCGGUGACGGCGUCGAGGAGAAUGACCGAUACCUCAUUGCCACCUCGGAGCAGCCCCUGUCCGGCAUGCACUCUGACGAGAACAUCGAGCCCAAGUCCCUCCCCAUCAAGUACGCUGGUUACUCGACCUGUUUCCGUAAGGAGGCCGGUAGCCACGGCCGCGACACCUGGGGUAUCUUCCGUGUCCACCAGUUCGAGAAGGUCGAGCAGUUUAUUAUUUGCGACCCUGAGGAGUCCCCCGCCAUGCUCGACUCGAUGGUCGAGACCGCCCGCGAGUUCUACGAGUCGCUUGAGAUCCCCUACCGUGUUGUCAACAUCGUCUCUGGCGGUCUCAACAACGCUGCUUCGAUCAAGUACGACCUCGAGGCCUGGUUCCCCUUCCAGGGAGAGUACAAGGAGCUCGUCUCGUGCUCCAACUGCACGGACUACCAGUCGCGCUCCCUCAACGUCCGUCUCGGCUACAAGCGCGCCGCCAACGAGAAGGCCGGUUUCGUCCACAUGCUGAACGGUACUCUGUGUGCCACCGAGCGUGCCCUCUGCUGUCUCGUUGAGAACUACCAGACCCCUGACGGUAUCCGCAUCCCGAAGGCCCUCCAGCCUUACAUGCAGGGCCGUGAAUUCCUCCCCUUCACCCAGGAGCUCCCGAAGAAGGACGCCAAGAAGGAGAAGAAGGAGAAGAAGUAA